UUCUUGAUAACAAACUUGUGUACAUUUGGCCCAUUACUUGGUACUAUUUACCAGUAAAUGCCAACACAUUUAAAAGUUAAUCCAAUUUAGCAAUUUUUCCGGCUGCAAGUUGGUAUUUCUUUUUAAUUUUCGUGAAUUUUUAAUUGAAACAAAGUUAAAAUUCAACAACUUAACCUUACGCCAGGAACGUAAGCUUAUUAAAGCUUGAAAGGUUACAAUUCCCGGCAAGUUAUUUCGCAAGGAUAUAAACAUAAAAUGGAUUCUAAAUUGUUAUCGUUAUUUUCGGUACAAGGUAGAUGUAUUGAUUUUAAAUCCUAUCAAAAUGAAUUUGAAACUAUGCGUCUGCUUUUCGAUCUUAUGCCGGAGAAACCCAAAGAAUUUGUACGUAUCUUAUCUCUCCAAUGGUUGCAGACCAUGGAAAUAAAUGAAAACGAGGAGUUUGCUUUAAAAGACAACGAUGAAAAAAUACAGGAAUCAAAAGAUUUACGGCAACAAGGUAAUCGUCUCUUCACUGCCAAAGGGGAGCAACGUAAUGUUUUGGGUGCUUGUCGUCUGUAUAAUGAUGCCAUCUAUGCAGCAUUGGAUACAAAAGGUGAUGAAUUAGCCUUGGGAUUUGCUAAUCGUGCUACGGCUUUACAAACUUUCGGGUAUUAUCAGCAAGCUUACGAUGAUUGUGUCUGUGCCCUUAAGUUGGGUUAUCCGGAGGCGCUGCGUCAUAAAAUCAUAAUACGUCAAACUUAUUGUAGUUUAAAAUUAAAAGAUUUGUUAGCAGCUGAGAAGCAUUUAAAAGAGUUGAGCACUUUAACCCUGAACGAAGGUUUCAACAAAGAACGCCGAGAUCUAGAGAAUGCCUUUGAUGAACUUAAACAGGAAAUGCUGGAUAAACAGGAUAAUGUAAAGGAUGAAAAAGAGGUGCAGCUUAAUAGAGAAACUCAGGAAGUCAUCACCACAACAAAAGGUCGUCACAUGCAAGCGAAAUGUCUCAUCGAAAAGAAUCAACUAAUAUUCACCGAAAGAGCCUCUGCGUUCGUGGCCGUUGGAGACACGCGUCGUUUAUGUCACCAAUGCGGUACGGUUAAUUUUAUACCAAUUCCUUGUUUACACUGCCGUGGUCGAGUAAAUUAUUGUUCACUCAAGUGCCAAGAGCAGCAUAGCGUCAUACACAAAUACGAAUGUCCUGCCUAUCGAUUUCAACUAUUUGCUCAUCUUGGUAUUGCUCAUUUAGCUUUAAGAAUCGUGCUCGAUAAUGGUCUCUUCUCCAUAUUGGAUGAAUUAAAAUUGCAGGAUAAAAGCUCAACUUUAGAAGUAUGGUCGGCUCUAACCGAAGGUGGUGAUAUAUGGGCCAAUAAUAAUAUACCAUAUGCGGAGUCAUUGCGCAUGAUAACACAUUUGAAUAAGGGAACAAAUAUGGAUAUAGAAUGGUUCGCCUUAGUCUCGCAUCAUUUAGUGGUCUAUCUCAAGCAAUAUACUAAAUACUUUGAAGAGUUGAGUGCCCGAAAAACUAUUGAUUGGGAAUUAUUAACAGGUUCUUUGAUAUUACUACAUAUCGGUCAGUGUAUAUCGAAUGGUCACACUCUGACCACUAUUAUACCAAGGCCCUUAACUCUAUUGACCACUACCGAUUAUCAUUUGUUAAAUGAAAAUGUCUGGUUACGACCUUGGCAUUUGAAAUUGG